AUGCUUUCGCGUGCGCCCUCAACUCGUAAGCGACUGUGGAGCUCAGACAAAUGGGUGGUACACCUCUUCGCGGGAGAGAGAGAAAAGCGGGAGCUAUUUCACCUGGAAGCGCAUAGCUAUACUAUCUUGGAGCUGGACAUCGAGAGGGGAAAAACCCAGGACAUACUGAGGCCAGCUACGUGGAGGGUAUCAGAGCAUGCUGCGCGAAAAGGGAAGAUAUCCGCAAUCAUUGGUGGCCCACCCCAAGGGUCGUUCAUCAUCUCCCGGUAUAACCUUGGAGGACCACCUCAGCUUCGCACCAAUGAAUACCCGUAUGGCAACUGGGAUGGUAAACUAAAGGAAGAUGUUCGGGAGGUCAAUAAGCAAACGCAACUCAUCGCCAGGAUGAUUUAUCUACAUGCAUUGGCUACAGCUGGAAGGCUUACACAUCCCAGAGAUCCAACAUAUCAAAGAGAGGUGGGUUUCCUGCUAGAGCAUCCUCGAGAUCCUCGGGGGUAUUUGAAGUAUGGAGAUCCUCUAUAUCCGGGAGUGGUAAGUUUGUGGAGAAUGUCAUUGUGGACGGAGUAUGCAUUGGAAGCAGGACUGCACACUUACAGCUUUGACAUGGCAGCGCUGGGAAAAGUGUACACGUCGCGACUGUACUCAGAUGGUCCCGUGCCAGAAAGGGAUGAGCGCCGAGCAGUGGAAGGACCAUGUGAGAAGAGGUGGGUGGUUCAGAUCCUGAUGCUCGAGGACGGCCGAGGAAAAUGGGUUGAAUAUGACGAUGGAGAGCUGGGCGAAGGAGACUAUAAGGAUGAAGAUGAUGGCCUCGCGUCUGAACAUGGAGAGCAAGUUGAAAAGGAAGGCAUAGAACCCAAGGAAGUGGUACCUGACAGAGGGGAAGCUGAGGAUGAGGAUGAUGAGGAUGCCCGCAAGAAGCUUGACCCCGAAGAGGACAUUGACUUGGCGCCCCCGGAGUUGGUCAACUUGAUCUUUGCUACUGGAAUCCGAGACGACAAGGCAGCUACAGUUCUGGAAGCAAUACAGGACGUGGUAUUGUACUGUCACGCGUUGAAUAUACCAGUCCUACGAUUUCACUCGGAUCGAGGUAUGGAGUUUCAGGCGAGAGCAACAAAGCAAUGGUUGAAAUCGCAGGGUAUUCGAGUGACGACCUCAGAAGCUGGAGUCCAUCAAACAAAUGGGGCGGCGGAGUCUACAGUACGAUGGAUAAAGCAGAGGGUUAUGGUGAGGAAAAGACAAUUGGAAGGGCCCAAGCUGGACGACUUGGCACCAAAGUGGGUACAUGUUGGGCGGUCAGAAAGCUUGAGUAAAGGACAUUUGGUAUUCGUUCAGGAGGAGGAUAGUGGACGCUUUAUCCAUACUCUCCAUGUUCGAGCCGGAUUACAUGAUCCUGGUCCAGUAGAAGCGGAUGUUGAUGCUGAUGAGCCAGCGGGACCUAGCAGAAGAGUUCGGGGUAAAUCCGCAGGCUCAGGAGAUGUGGUCACGUUGUCAAAGGCUGUGAUCCUCGAUGACACGGAGUACAAGAGGCGAGCGGAGCAGUUGAUGAUGACGUGGUCACAGGAGGAGGCUAAGGGGCUAGUCAAGGAAGUUUGUCAGCAGCUACCAGCUUCAGAAAAUGUGUAUGGCAUGUUCAGGUAUGGUGGGAAAGCAGGUGUAACUCGCGCCACAUUGGAGAGACCCUGGUUCACUGCAGUUCUGUUGAAGCUGCUAAAGGACAAGGUACCAGAUGCAGAGUUCGCAUCCAUCUAUGUUUCCAUCAACAGCCAGCGAGAAGUCCACAUCGACCGGAAUAACGCCAUGGGCACAAUUAACUACAUAUUGCCACUGACUAUGCCGCGUCGCGGGGGUGAAAUAUGGCAGGAACUACGUGAUGGAGAUGUUGUAUCCGGUCGAGUAACUGAACUUACCUCGCAGGAUGGAAAGACAAGGUAUGGAUGUGCUUACCCAUUGCAAGCUGGGGAGAUCUUCUGCUUGAAUCCACAUCGAAGACAUGCCGUACUACCUUCUUCUGGGGAUCGCCUGGUGCUGGUGGGUUAUACUCCAGGAAUGCUUCAGAACCUACAGGGCACAGACAGAGCACUGUUGUGGAAGCUGGGUUUCCCUAUGCCACUACGCGACGAAGAGGAAGGUGGUGAUGUAAGAAUCAGUAUGCUGAAUGUGCGAGAUCUCCAUGGCAGGUCCGAGGACAAAGGCAUCAUCGAGGAGGGUGUUGGAGAUGCGCGAGAUCCUGGGAAAAGGGAAGCAGAAUCUACGAUUAGCAGCGCUACGAGUGAAAGCAAGCCAGGAAUACCCAGUGAAGAUUGGCUAUUAUGGGAGCUUUACUUGAACCUGGAGAAAGUCGACUCAGGAGCUGCUUUAGUGGGUACAGAUUCCUGGGAUGAAGUGGUGCUACGCAAGGCCGAGGAGGUCGUGCAGUAUUUUGAUGAGUGGAUACCGUCCCUGAACAAGGAGAUUGCGUCACUGGAGCAUGCGGUCGAAAAGGAGUCACCGAAGUUAUGGGGCAUGUACAGAGAUAUUCGAUUGGCGCAAAUACAACUGGUCUUUGAGGGCAAGAAGGUGGUUCUCAUGCAAGGAAGGGUAGAACCUUCGUGGUGGUCAAUUCUACAGGAAGGCUCUCAGUUGAUUGGAAUAUUGGUGGUGUACGUUGAUGAUAUUUUAUUGUGUGGAAGACCUGAACUAAUCAAGGAGAUUGCGGUCGCCAUCAGAGAGGUAUGGAAGACGAGCGAGCUACAGCUAGUGUCUGAAGGAGCAAUAAGAUUCCUGGGCAUCGAGAUCUCUAUGUGCACACAGGGCUUUGCUUUGACGCAAAAGUCGUACAUAGAGGAGCUUGUCAGACUGCAUCAGGUUCCACCAACGCGUCGUGACCUUAUUCCGAUUUCGAAGGACUUGGCGAACUUCAGCGUCGAGGAGCAUGAAGGGAUCUACACGGAGCAAGAGCUGCGAAAGGCUCAGCAGUGCGCAGGGGAAUUACUGUGGAUAUCCCAGCGCGACAACUCUGGUCUGGUGGGAUACUGUGAUGCCAGCUUUGCUCCAGAUGGGAGCCGCAGUCAUUCGGCGUGGUUGGUGCUUUUGAACGACUGCGUUAUCUCAUGGCGAUCAGGAAGACAGAGCACAAUAACACUGAGCACCGCGGAAUCGAGAUGUUCUACCCGGAGGUCAGAAGUUACAGCUAUACUCGGACUCAACGUCGGCGCUGGCUAUCGCAAAUGGUAG